AUGGAGCCGCCGGGCAGGGGAUCGGAGGACGACUCUGUGUCCGUAGAUGACUCCCCGGGAGCCGCCAGCAGCGCGACCCACUCUCGGCCCAGCCCGCGCGGGGCCAGCCCCGGCUCUGCUGGCCGCUGGCUGCCCGUGGACGCCUCUGCUCCAUCUCAUGUCCUCAUCCCUGCGCUCCCCGAGCCCCGAGGACAGAGCGUGUCCGGGCGAGGGAAUGGCACCGAGGGCAGCGUCCUCCCCUCCCUGGUGCUCGGCUGUGCAAAUGGCCAGGCCCACGGGGGGCUCCUGCAGGGCCAGCCCAGCCUGUCCCCAGGCCUGCUCCGCUCCUCCCGGGCCCAGCUGCAGGUGUUGGAGCCCCUCGCUCUGGGGCUGGCAGUGACAGCCAUUCCUCUGUCUCGGCUGCCCGCCGGUGCCACUGGGCUCUGCCAGCUGAGGGGGCUGAACUGUGCCGUGCCCAGUGCCCGUGUCCUCCUGGGGCAGUGCCAGCGAGGGAAGGGCAACUUGAGGGGCCCAGCCGUGCUCCGCUCACCUGCCCGGAAACGCAGAGCAGCCUGGCAGCCACAGCCACCGGCCACCGUCCCCAGGCCAGGCAGUGCCAGCCCCAGCAGGAACCGGGGCACCAGGGGGGUAAGUGGCACCCCCAGCCCCACAGCUGGGGCGAGCCGGGCUCUGUCUGACACCAGCGCCACGCUUGGGCAGCAGCGGGGCUGGAAGGGGCUCCCUGGCAGGUGUGGGCUUCGGUGGGGGCAGAGGGGACGAGGACAGGGAUGUCCCACAGGGACAGGGCUGAGCGCCUGGCACGGCAUCGCCCGCUUGGCUGUGACACCCCGUGCCAGGAGGGAGGGCAGCUCUGAGCACUGGCCAUGUCGCCCGCUCCGCUGGGAUCCAGCCAGAUCCAGGCACCAAGGGCACCAAGGACAUGUGCCACAGCCCGGCAGGUGCCAGAGCUGUCCAGAGCGGGUGGCGUGUCCCCAGGGAAGGAGGGAGCUGGGACCGGCAGUGCCAGGGCUGCUGUGGCAGCAGGGCACCCGCCUGUGCCAACACGGGGUUAUCAGCUGGGAGGCUCCGUGGUGUGACAGGAGAGCCCGACGGGGCGGCUGCGGGCUCAGGGCUCUGCUGCCAUCCCCUCCUCUGCCAUGUCCCUCUGUGGGGAGAGCAGGACAUGCAGGUUCUGCUGAAGCUUCAGCUCCGUUCACGGAGGGGCAGAGAGUGCUGGAGCAAGGUCUGGGGCUCCAUGGCCACACCACCGUGCCGGGGGAUCGGGCACGCUGGGCGUUGGCACGUCGGGGUGUUGGCACCUUGGUGCAUCGGGGCAUUGGUGAGUCCCACGGGUCGGGGCCAGGGGCACCCCCCGGGGCAUGGGACCAGCCGCAGCAGGGUGACGGCAGCACAGGAAUUUGGGGACAGCGCGCUGAGCCCAACGUGCUUCUUGGAAUUCCCCACAGCUCCCUGGUGCUGAGCUUAUCAGGGCCCCGCAGCCACCCUCCCGCCCCCCGCACACCCCAGCGCCGCCAGCCCGGCCGCGCCCCGGCAGACACGGCUCAGCUGGGCACCCCGGGGGCGUGGGGACCCCUGCCCCGGCAGCUCCAGGGACAGUAA